AUGGCUACAGAUGUGAAGACUCAACCGGCUGAACACUCACUUCCACGUCCAAAGGCUGAGCUGAAGCCUGAGAAGAAGCCAGAGCACAAGCCACGAAUCCAUGGGGAUGGUGGAGCACAGAAAGAACUGGUGACCCCAGGCAUUGUGGAUUUUGAGCUGAUUCGAGAGGCACUGAUGACUCCCAAGCCCCGAAUGCCUGGAGCCUACUACCACUUUGGCCGCCUCAGCCACCAUUCCUUCUUCUCCCGGCACCACCCCCACCCCCAGCAUGUGACCCACAUGCCAGAUUUCACUGGGAAGCCCGUCUGUGUCAUCAGGGAUGAGUGCUCUAUGAUGCCCUUGCCUCAGUCCAUACUUUUUUCCCACUGUCCGAUGGGGAUACCAGCCAUCACUGUCCCCAUUGGGGACCCACACUCCAACCGGAACCCCCAGCUUUCUUCUGAGACCUGGAAGAGACAGUUGAAGGAGCUGACCUCCCGGGUGGCUGUUUUUACCAAGGAGAAUGAGCUGAAAAUCAAAGAGGUGGAAGAACAGAAGCAGGAGCCUCUUCCGAGGGAACAGGGAGCAAAGUACUCAGCUGAGACUGGCCGGCUCAUUCCCGCGUCCACUCAAGCUCUGACUCGCCGCAGCUUUCGCCAAGGCCAGCGGAGCCAUACUUCUGGCAGUGAUGGCAUCCAGGCCUCUUUCCUGAAGGACCAGGAGAUGCUGGUCCUGGAGUUACUUUGUCAGAUUCUGCAAACAGACUCGCUGAGUGCAAUCCAGUUCUGGCUGCUCUACGCUCCCCCCAAGGAGAAAGACCUUGCACUAGGACUCCUGCAGACAGCAGUGGCUCAGCUCCUUCCCCAACCCCUGACCUCCAUUCCAGAAGAAAAACUCUUGAACCAGCUCCAAGAAGUCCAAGAACCACAUCAAGAGAAGCAGCAGACAUCUUACAGUCAAUCCCUGAAGAAGGUGAAAAUGCCACCUCUUCCAAAAAGUGAGAAACCAGAGUACAUUGGAAAGGCCCAAGUCCUUCGACUGCAUUCCAGUGAGGACUCAGAGGAGAAAGCAGCCAAGCCAAAGGCAGAGAGCUGA